AUGGGAGACAAAGGAUAUCCAGCGCAAGGCCCGAUCUUCUGCUUAGCUUUGUUCAUUGUAACGCUGCACCUCGUUCAUGGAGACCUGAGUUAUACUAUUCCAGAAGAGAUGAAACGCGAGGCUGUUAUUGGAAAUGUAGCCAAAGAUCUCGGUCUCGAUCUGAGGACCUUAUCUUCCCGAAAGGCCCGCGUUGAUUUUGAGGGGACUCGUAAACGGUACUGUGAUAUUAAUCUGAGUACCGGAGAUUUGAUCACAUCGGAGAGAAUUGACAGAGAAAGCCUUUGUGGAAAGAAACCCUCGUGUGUCGUGAAAGUAGAUCUGGUGUUAGAAAAUCCUCUGGAGCUUCAUCGUGUAAGUCUCCAUAUUCAAGAUGUAAACGACAACUCGCCAAAAUUCCGCGAAAAUUUAAUUGAAAUGGAAAUAAGCGAGUUAGCUGACAAAGGUUACCGCUUCUCUAUCGAGGAGGCCAGUGACGCAGAUAUAGGUCAAAAUGCUGUUCAAAGGUACAACCUGCAGAAGAACGAUAACUUUAUUCUCGCUGUUGACAGCAACAAGGUUGAACUCGUGCUGGAGAACAAGCUUGAUAGAGAAAAACGAAAAGACAUUAAUUUGCUUCUCACAGCUUUAGAUGGAGGCUCUCCUCAGAGAUCAGGUACUGUAGUCAUACACGUCACUGUACUGGAUGCUAAUGAUAACGCCCCAGUGUUUAGCCAGGCCGUUUAUAAAGCCAGUCUGCCUGAAAACUCUCCUCCAGAUACCAUAGUGAUUCAUGUUAGUGCUACUGACGCAGAUGAAGGAGUGAAUGGAGAUGUGACGUAUCACUUUGGUCACGUUUCUGAUGACGAUGUAAAUGUAUUUUCCAUUGAUCCUAAAACUGGAGAAAUUAAAGUAACUGGUGUGAUUGACUUUGAAGAAAGGAGUUCUUUUGAAAUGAGAGUCCAAGCUAGAGAUGGUUUAGGACUAACCUCUUAUGCCAAAGUUAUAAUAGAUGUUACUGAUAUUAAUGAUAAUGUUCCAGUGAUAUUGAAAUCACUCACCAAUCCCAUACCUGAGAACGUGUCACCUGGUACAGAGGUGGGCAUCAUCAACGUGCAGGACAGAGACUCUGAGACUAACAGACAGGUCCGCUGCUCCAUUCAGCAAAACGUCCCCUUUAAGUUGGUUCCUUCUAUUAAAAACUAUUAUUCUCUGGUGACCACAGGACAACUGGACCGUGAACUAGUGUCUGAUUACAACAUUACAAUCACUGCCACUGACGAGGGCUCUCCACCUCUGUCCUCCUCUAAAACUGUUCAGUUAUCUGUAGCAGACAUCAACGACAACCCACCUGUGUUUGAGGAACAGUCCUACAGCGCUUAUGUGACUGAAAAUAACAAACCUGGCUCCACUUUAUGUUCCGUUACUGCUCGAGACCCCGACUGGAGACAAAACGGUACAGUGAUUUAUUCUCUGUUAGCUGGUGAGGUGAACGGUGCCCCGGUGUCCUCCUACCUGUCUGUUAACGGAGACACGGGGGUGAUCCACGCUGUGAGGUCGUUUGAUUAUGAACAGUUCAGGAGUUUUAAAGUCCACGUGAUGGCCAGAGACAACGGUUCUCCUCCGCUCAGCAGCAACGUGACCGUCAGUGUCUUCGUAUCGGACGUGAAUGACAACUCUCCUCAGAUACUGUACCCCGCCCCGGAGGGCAACUCCUUCAUGACCGAGCUGGUCCCCAAAGCUGCACACGGAGGCUCUCUGGUGUCCAAAGUGAUAGCGGUGGACGCGGACUCCGGACAGAACGCCUGGCUGUCCUAUCAUAUAGUCAAAUCCACUGAUCCGGGACUUUUCACUAUUGGUCUCCACAGCGGAGAGAUCAGGACACAGCGGGACAUUUCUGAAUCUGACAGCAUGAAACAGAACCUCAUUGUGUCAGUGAAAGAUAACGGACAGCCCUCUCUCUCUGCCACCUGUUCCAUGUAUUUACUUAUUUCUGAUAACUUGGCUGAGGUGCCAGAACUGAAGGAUAUUUCUUACGACGAGAAGAACUCCAAACUGACCUCUUAUCUGAUCAUCGCGCUGGUGUCUGUGUCCACCUUCUUCCUGACCUUCAUCAUCAUCAUCCUCGGUGUGAGGUUUUGUCACAGGAGAAAGCCCAGACUGUUGUUUGAUGGAGCAGUUGCCAUCCCCAGCGCUUACCUCCCUCCUAAUUACGCAGAUGUUGACGGCACAGGAACUUUACGCAGCACUUACAACUAUGACGCCUACCUGACAACAGGUUCUAGAACCAGUGACUUUAAGUUCGUGUCCUCUUACAAUGACAACACACUGCCUGCUGACCAGACUCUGAGGAAAAGUCCAUCAGACUUUGUUGACCCGUUCGAUGAUUUAGAGCCGGCUGUAGAGUAUACAUUUUACAAGCUUAAGUGGCCUUUUUGCGCCAGGAUGGGAGACAAAGGAUAUCCAGCGCAAGGCCCGAUCUUCUGCUUAGCUUUGUUCAUUGUAACGCUGCACCUCGUUCAUGGAGACCUGAGUUAUACUAUUCCAGAAGAGAUGAAACGCGAGGCUGUUAUUGGAAAUGUAGCCAAAGAUCUCGGUCUCGAUCUGAGGACCUUAUCUUCCCGAAAGGCCCGCGUUGAUUUUGAGGGGACUCGUAAACGGUACUGUGAUAUUAAUCUGAGUACCGGAGAUUUGAUCACAUCGGAGAGAAUUGACAGAGAAAGCCUUUGUGGAAAGAAACCCUCGUGUGUUGUGAAAGUAGAUCUGGUGUUAGAAAAUCCUCUCGAGCUUCAUCGUGUAAGUCUCCAUAUUCAAGAUGUAAACGACAACUCACCGCAAUUUAAAAAUAAUUUAAUUGAAAUGGAAAUAAGAGAGUCAGGAAAAGGUAACCGCUUCUCUAUCGAGGAGGCUCAUGACGCAGAUAUAGGUCAAAAUGCUGUUCAAAGGUACAACCUGCAGAAGAACGAUAACUUUAUUCUCGCUGUUGACAGCAACAAGGUUGAACUCGUUUUGGAGAACAAGCUUGAUAGAGAGAAACAGAAAGACAUUAAUUUGCUUCUCACAGCUUUAGAUGGAGGCUCUCCUCAGAGAUCAGGUACUGUAGUCAUACACGUCACUGUACUGGAUGCUAAUGAUAACGCCCCAGUGUUUAGCCAGGCCGUUUAUAAAGCCAGUCUGCCUGAAAACUCUCCUCCAGAUACCAUAGUGAUUAAUGUUAGUGCUACUGACGCAGAUGAAGGAGUGAAUGGAGAUGUGACGUAUCACUUUGGUCACGUUUCUGAUGACGAUGUAAAUGUAUUUUCCAUUGAUCCUAAAACUGGAGAAAUUAAAGUAACUGGUGUGAUUGACUUUGAAGAAAGGAGUUCUUUUGAAAUGCGAGUGAAGGCUAAAGAUGGUUUAGGGCUAACCUCUUACGCCAAAGUUAUCAUAGAUGUUACUGAUAUUAAUGAUAAUGCUCCAGUGAUAUAUCUAAAAUCAUUGGCCAACCCCAUACCUGAGAACGUGUCACCUGGUACAGAGGUGGGCAUCAUCAACGUGCAGGACAGAGACUCUGAGACUAACAGACAGGUCCGCUGCUCCAUUCAGCAAAACGUCCCUUUUAAGUUGGUUCCUUCUAUUAAAAACUAUUAUUCUCUGGUGACCACAGGACAACUGGACCGUGAACUAGUGUCUGAUUACAACAUUACAAUCACUGCCACUGACGAGGGCUCUCCACCUCUGUCCUCCUCUAAAACUGUUCAGUUAUCUGUAGCAGACAUCAACGACAACCCACCUGUGUUUGAGGAACAGUCCUACAGCGCUUAUGUGACUGAAAAUAACAAACCUGGCUCCACUUUAUGUUCCGUUACUGCUCGAGACCCCGACUGGAGACAAAACGGUACAGUGAUUUAUUCUCUGUUAGCUGGUGAGGUGAACGGUGCCCCGGUGUCCUCCUAUCUAUCUGUUAACGGAGACACGGGGGUGAUCCACGCUGUGAGGUCGUUUGAUUAUGAACAGUUCAGGAGUUUUAAAGUCCACGUGAUGGCCAGAGACAACGGUUCUCCUCCGCUCAGCAGCAACGUGACCGUCAGUGUCUUCGUAUCGGACGUGAAUGACAACUCUCCUCAGAUACUGUACCCCGCCCCGGAGGGCAACUCCUUCAUGACCGAGCUGGUCCCCAAAGCUGCACACGGAGGCUCUCUGGUGUCCAAAGUGAUAGCGGUGGACGCGGACUCCGGACAGAACGCCUGGCUGUCCUAUCAUAUAGUCAAAUCCACUGAUCCGGGACUUUUCACUAUUGGUCUCCACAGCGGAGAGAUCAGGACACAGCGGGACAUUUCUGAAUCUGACAGCAUGAAACAGAACCUCAUUGUGUCAGUGAAAGAUAACGGACAGCCCUCUCUCUCUGCCACCUGUUCCAUGUAUUUACUUAUUUCUGAUAACUUGGCUGAGGUGCCAGAACUGAAGGAUAUUUCUUACGACGAGAAGAACUCCAAACUGACCUCUUAUCUGAUCAUCGCGCUGGUGUCUGUGUCCACCUUCUUCCUGACCUUCAUCAUCAUCAUCCUCGGUGUGAGGUUUUGUCACAGGAGAAAGCCCAGACUGUUGUUUGAUGGAGCAGUUGCCAUCCCCAGCGCUUACCUCCCUCCUAAUUACGCAGAUGUUGACGGCACAGGAACUUUACGCAGCACUUACAACUAUGACGCCUACCUGACAACAGGUUCUAGAACCAGUGACUUUAAGUUCGUGUCCUCUUACAAUGACAACACACUGCCUGCUGACCAGACUCUGAGGAAAAGUCCUUCAGACUUUGUUGACCCGUUCGAUGAUUUAGAGCCGGCUGUAGAGGUAGGAACAUGUUAA